AUGGACGGAGCUACCUACGCCUUACGAAUAUCAGACAAGCAGGAUACAGGCUCAUGCAAUUAUGCUGCUCUCAGGCUGAUCCGUUCUGACGGUGUCACAUUGGGUCGCACUCUUUACGGAGGCAGUUGGACACUCGAUUUAAAGAUGAGCAUGAGCAAGCCAGAACUCUUACUUGGCUUUAAUGAAACAAGUCUAUUCGGCAUUGACCUGCUUAGUGGCAGCGUCUGGAGGGCGGGUCAGAACAACUUAUCUGAUGAUUCCAAAGAAAAUCUGCGGCUUCCAGUACGUCUAAAUGGCCAUGAAAAUGGUGUUAUCCAAAUCCGACACAGCAUCAGUUCAGGCCAGAGACCAGAAAUCAUCGUCGACGCCAUGAAGGAAUUGGGCUUCAUUGUAUCUAUAGUCCAAGCUGAAGCUGGACAAGGAGUGCCAAUCCGCAUUCGGAUGAAUAAGUGGUAUCAUGGACGGGUAAUUGGACUUCUUGGAAACUCUGAUGGAGAAGCAAACAAUGAUAUUGUUACUACUAAUCCAGUUCAUCCGGUAGGCAGUUCAACAGAAAAGAGUCGCAUAUCGGUUGGAGUUAAUAAGCAUGGCGACAGAAAAACUUGGAUGUCAAAGGCUCUAAAGUAUCAUGUAGUCGAUAAGUACAUUGAGAGCACUACUUUAUCAAGCUCGGAAGAAAAGAAAUGCCGACUGGUACUUGAUGAAGGCAUAAAUUAUGCGACAGAAUCAGCAACCAUACAGGGAAUUAUUGAUAUGUUCAGCAAUACGCCUAAGUGUGGCUUCUUACUUAGGGCUCCUAUUUCUCCGUUUGCUCAUUGCUUUGAUGCGGUCAACGUACAGCCAUAUCUUAGGUUAUGCAACUUAUUGAAGGACCAGGGUACAUACGCCGUCAUCCAGUUAUAUGCAUCCGCAUGCAGUGACGCAAAAGUCAAUAUACCGCAGAAUGUGCCAUGGCCAUCUGCAAAUAGUGUGAAUUUCUCAACGGUACCCGUGGUAUUUAUAGUUAAUCAUGAUAGCUUCCGCACCAAUGCUCAAAUGCUUAAGGCUAUUCAAGGUCUAUCUAGUCUAUCAAAAGCUAUAACUAGCGGCCAUGAUCAUCUACACAACCCAAUAAAAGUAACAUUUGGGCUGAUCGGUUUCUCGGAUAGCCUGCUGACCACCGUGAUAUAUGGUCAUUCAACAAAAGCCUCAUCUUCCUGGUUGACAACUGCAAGUUUGGCAGAGCUUGAUUCCAGCCUAGAACGUCUCAUUGACAAUUCAUCUAUCUUAUGCGAGAGAUCCAUUCAGGAUGCGUCAGUUACAGGCCUUUCUGGAUACGCAGAUGCCACUGAACUAGCACUGAAAAUGGUAUCACUAAUCGAAUUUCAUAGUCCACCGCUGUUUGUAUUGAUAGCCGGUGACAGCGGAUGCCCACGAGCCAACCUAUCAACUGAUCACGAGACAAAGAUCACAAAUGAGUUAAUCGAGUCGCAGGCUAAUCUAGUAUUUGCUUCUGAAUUUAACUACCGCGAGCCACCUGGUGGUCACCGCAGUCUUUUGGGAGUCGAUCGUUACCACGCCUAUUCACCCCGACAUCCAGGUGGACGCCGCCUAGCUGGAAUUGAGGCGCCGCGACCGCCCGAGGAUGCCUGUGCAUCCUGGGCUUUGGAGUCAGCUGCCUGGGGCCUAGCUUGGGACGUGCGCACGUUCCCUGAUGAGAUAAGCAAGCGUCUCGUCAUGCAAGCAGUAUCCCUGUCAGCAAAACAAACUAUUUCAUGA